AUGCCCGAAGUUACGAGAGUGGUGCGCAGUUAUCGCGACGACUACGAGUCCGACGACGAUACUCGAUCGACCUUCAGCCGCAGAGCCAAAGGUGACGGAUCCUAUCGCACUGUCCAACGCUACCGAGUGACCCCGAGUCGAGUCGAAGAAGUCGAAGUUGAUCGCCGCAGUUCACGAUUGGACGUUGCUCCACGAGCAGAGCACAUCGAGGUCGACCGUCGCGUUGAGCGCUGGGAACCUGAGCGACCCCGUUCGGCCAUCGAUAUCCGUCCACGAUCCACCGUCGUCGAACGCGAACGAUACAUCGAGCGUGAACCAGCCCGCGAACCAGAGCGUGAACGCACAAGAACUGUCGUCUACGAAAGGGAUCGCGAGCCAGAACCAGCUCGAGAACCUGAACGGGAGCGCACAAGAACAGUCGUCUACGAGCGGGAUACCCGCGAACCAGAACCGAUGAGACCUUGGGAACGGGCGGCUAGACCAUGGGAAGUUGAGAAAAGAACAACUGAACGACGGGAAGAACCAUAUGAGCUCGAGAGAUAUCAACGAGAGACAGAAUAUUAUGACCGCCCUGAACCGCCGCCACAACCCAUCAUCAUUCGCCAGAGAGCGCCAGAACCGCAGCAGAUUAUCGUGCAGGAAGCGCCACAACCACCUCCCAUCGUCCUGCCUCCACCAAGAGAAGAAGUGCAGAUUGUGAGACAAGAAAUAAGAGAGGAACGCUCUGAACCACGACCCGAACCGAGAAGACAAGAAGAUGAAUACUACUACCGUCGCGAUGUCCGAGAAGUCCGAGGUGGGGAUGCUAGACGAAGCGACGAGGAUUUUGCACUUGAGAGAUACGAUCGCAGAGACGUUCGACCUCGGGACUCAGUCAGUGGUGAUGAAUACAGUGACGAGGACUAUGUCGUAAGAAAGAAGAUCAUUCGAAGAGAACGCAGUCGAUCCCACAGUCCACAUCACAAGAGACAUCUCGCAGAAGGUGCUUUGGCUGGCGCAGGUGCAGCUGCUUUACUUGCGAAUCAUGCAUCUAAGCAAGGAACAGGUGGCGACCAUCGUGGCAGAAAGAUGAUUGGAGGUGCAGCUCUUGGUGCCAUUGGCGCUGAAGUCAUUACGAGAGCCAGAAGUCGUUAUCGUGAGAGCAGAGAAGACGGGAGUCGAUCACGAUCAAGAUCCAGCAGUCGACAUUCGCACAGAAAGAUCAAGACUGCAAUCGGUUUGGCAGCAGCUGGUCUUGCCGCUGCAGCCGCUGCGAAAUAUGUCUCCAACCGCAAAGCAAAUAACGAGGAAAUACGCAGAGGUCGCAGUCGGACUCGAAGUUUGUCAAGACGUCGCUCUUAUGAUGAUGACUAUGACGAUUACGAUGAUCGCCGAGCUCGUACAAGAAGCAGAAGUGUUCACGCGGAUCCCAAGCACCGUGCAUCAACAAUCGCAAAGGCUGGAGCGGCCACAGCAGCCGUUGCUGGUGUUGUAGAGCAUUUCCGGAACAAAUCUCGUCAACGCAAUGGAUCAAGAUCUAAAUCUAGGAUAAGAACUGGAGCCGAAAUCGCAGGUGCUGGACUCGCAGGCGCUGCUGUUGCAGGGUUAUACGAGAACAGAAAGGCGAAGGAGGACGUCAGAGAGGAAGUAGAAGAAGACAGAAGGGAGCGGAGGAGAAGCAGGUCGAGAGCCAGAUCUGUUGGAGCGUAUUCUGAUCCUGGUGUUGACCCCGAAUUAGGAAUGGUUCAGUACGGUACUGAACCCGUAUACACCCACACUCCAGCCUACCAGCAAGGCUACGAUUAUGAUCCUGCUGCCGUCGCGGCUGGUGCGGCAUACGGUGCAACCAGAGGCAGUCGAUCACGCCGCAGAGACUCGUCCUCUGACUCGGCCGAACGAAGACCUUCGCGAAGACGCUCACGAAGUCAUAGUCGAGUAAGAGACAUCGCGGGUGCCGCUGCCGGAACAGCUGCGGCGGCAAUCGGUAUCAAUCAGUAUAAGAAGAGGAAGGAAAAGAAGGAGGCGGAACGCGAGAGGGAACGAAGACGAUAUGAAGAAGAGGCCCCACCUGAGAAUUACUAUGCACGAAACUAUCCCGAUGAUGGUUACUCUCCAUCACCUCCUCACGCAUCAGGCGGUUCAUACUACCCAGAAACCAACCAAUUCGCACCACCUCCUCAAGCACCAGCAGGGUUCACUCAUCACAACAAUCAAAGUACACCUCAUGUGAAUGAGACGAAUAUCCCACCUUAUAACCCAGCAGACUAUGCAGGUCAACAACCCCCUAAUCAUGAUCCAUAUGGUUACCCUCCUCGAACAGGUGACAAUGUGAGUAAUGACACUACAUCUCGUCAGACUCCUUAUGUCCCUCCUAAUAUCAAUCCUGCUACUGCUUCGUCAAUACCGGCAGCGCCGUAUUUCCCUCCGCCUCCUACUGUUCCCAUUGAAGAGGAACAUGAUCAGCAUCAGCAGAGACGUAGUCGCGAUCCCUUGGAGAGCGCUGAGGAGGGCGGUGUAACCUACACCCCACCAUCAACAGCAACACCCUCACCUCUUCCCUCCCGCUCAAACUCCCCAGAAAGACCAGCAAAAUCCGUCUCCUUCAGUCCCCUCUCCCCAACCUCUUCCCGCUCACUAGCCCGCAUCCAUCAAUCUACACCCCACGACCACACCUCGGACCACGACAUCGCCCCCUCACCCUCAAACUCCCUCGUCAAAGCCCGCGCCGGCCGGACCCAUCCCCGCGAAUCAUCCCCGUCUUCAACGUUCGACUCGCAAGACCUGACUCGGCACCGCGCCCGCCGUCGACGCAGAAACUCAGACCCAAGUAGCAAUCGACCAAAUUACCGCCGCAGCCAACGAACCGCGAGUCGGAGCCCUAGCCCGUCCUCAGACGAAUCGUCUGGCGAGGUCGAGACGCUGCCCGAUCGCUUUGAUGCGGAAGGGCGGCCGUUAGACAGGGAUGGGAACGCGUAUCGACCUCGCAACUCGAACUGGAGAGGAGGGGAAGAAGGAGAAGGAGGUAAACCCCAAGAAAUGGUCGAGAAAUGGGCAAAAGACUUCGGGGACGUGUUUGAGGGCAAGAAAUCGUGGAAGGAUCUCCUGAGAGGCUUUGUUGAGGAGGCGGGGAGUUUGGGUGGUUCUGCUGCUGGGAGUCGAGAGUCAAUUGAUGAUGGUGCUAGGGAGAGGAGAAGGAGGAGUAGGAGGGAUACGGAUCGGUAUUGAUUUUCUUUUUCUUUUUCUGUUGUUUGAGUUGGUUUGGAAAGGCGUUGGUUGGGUUGGGUGGCAUGGCAUGGCAUGCAAUUUUUUGGGAGAGAUGAGGGACAUGGAUGCGCGUGUGUUGGAUUACGAAUUCUCUUUUUCUGGUUUUAAUGAUGAUGAUGAUGGUGAUGGUGAUGGGGGUGAUGCAUGCGCUUUUAAUGAGUUAUGAUGAUGAAUGAGAG